GCGGGCGGGGGCGGCGGGGCGGGCGGGCGGGGCGGGGGAGGGUGACAUGUGAGCGGCGCCCGGCGGCAGGUGGAAAGGCGAGCGGCAUGGAGCGCGUAAUAAGAGAGUUGGAGUCGGAAAGAGCCGCCCCAGUCGCCGGGGAAGCGGGCGGUCAGUGCGGGCUCCGGCGGCCCCCAGGCUCCGAGCGCCCGCCCCCGGCCCCGGCGCGGCCCCGGCCCGGCCCCUAGCCCCCGCCGCCCGCGCCCACCCCGGGCCGCCCUGCCGGCCCCGGGUCCGAACCAUGCGCCGCUGAGCGGCCCCGAGCGCGCCCCCGCCCCGGACCGUGCCCGGGCUCCGGCCCCCCACCGCCCGGCGCCGCCCAUGGCCGAGGCCCCCCCGCGCCGCCUCGGCCUGGGCCCCCCGCCCGGGGACGCCCCCCGCGCAGAGCUGGUGGCGCUCACGGCGGUGCAGAGCGAGCAGGGCGAGGCGGGCGGGGGCGGCUCCCCGCGCCGCCUCGGCCUCCUGGGCAGCCCCCUGCCGCCGGGCGCGCCCCUCCCUGGGCCGGGCUCCGGCUCGGGCUCCGCCUGCGGCCAGCGCUCCUCCGCCGCGCACAAGCGCUACCGCCGCCUACAGAACUGGGUCUACAACGUGCUGGAGCGACCCCGCGGCUGGGCCUUCGUCUACCACGUCUUCAUAUUUUUGCUGGUCUUCAGCUGCCUGGUGCUGUCCGUGCUGUCCACUAUCCAGGAACACCAGGAACUUGCCAAUGAGUGUCUCCUCAUCUUGGAAUUCGUGAUGAUCGUGGUCUUCGGCCUGGAGUACAUCGUGCGGGUGUGGUCGGCAGGGUGCUGCUGCCGCUACCGAGGAUGGCAGGGCCGCUUCCGCUUCGCCAGGAAACCCUUCUGUGUCAUCGACUUCAUCGUGUUCGUGGCCUCGGUGGCCGUCAUCGCCGCGGGCACCCAGGGCAACAUCUUCGCCACGUCGGCGCUGCGCAGCAUGCGCUUUCUGCAGAUCCUGCGCAUGGUGCGCAUGGACCGCCGCGGCGGCACCUGGAAGCUGCUGGGCUCCGUGGUCUACGCGCACAGCAAGGAGCUGAUCACCGCCUGGUACAUCGGGUUCCUGGUGCUCAUCUUCGCCUCCUUCCUGGUCUACCUGGCCGAGAAGGACGCCAACUCCGACUUCUCCUCCUACGCCGAUUCGCUGUGGUGGGGGACGAUCACGCUGACGACCAUCGGCUAUGGUGACAAGACCCCACACACAUGGCUGGGCAGGGUCUUGGCCGCUGGCUUCGCCUUACUGGGCAUCUCCUUCUUCGCCCUGCCAGCCGGCAUCCUAGGCUCCGGCUUCGCCCUGAAGGUCCAGGAACAGCACCGGCAAAAGCACUUUGAAAAGCGGAGGAUGCCAGCAGCCAACCUCAUCCAGGCUGCGUGGCGCCUGUACUCCACCGACUCAAGCCGGGCCUACCUGACGGCCACCUGGUACUACUACGACAGCCUCCUGCCGUCCUUCAGAGAGCUGGCCCUCUUGUUUGAGCACGUGCAACGGGCCCGCAAUGGGGGCCUCCGGCCCCUGGAGGUGCGGCGGGCGCCGGUCCCCGACGGAGCGCCCUCCCGUUACCCACCCGUUGCCACCUGCCAUCGGCCAGGCAGCACCUCCUUCUGCCCUGGGGAAAGCAGCCGGAUGGGCAUCAAAGACCGCAUCCGCAUGGGCAGCUCCCAGCGGCGGACGGGUCCUUCCAAGCAGCACCUGGCACCUCCGCCAACGCCCACCUCCCCCAGCAGCGAGCAGGUGGGCGAGGCCACCAGCCCCACCAAGGUACAGAAGAGCUGGAGCUUCAACGACCGCACCCGCUUCCGAGCUUCUCUGAGACUCAAACCCCGCACCUCUGCCGAGGAGGGCCCCUCGGAGGAGGCAGCAGAGGAGAAGAGCUUCCAGUGUGAGCUCACGGUGGAUGACGUCAUGCCUGCGGUGAAGACGGUCAUCCGCUCCGUCAGGAUUCUGAAGUUCCUGGUGGCCAAACGGAAAUUCAAGGAGACCCUGCGACCGUACGACGUGAAGGACGUCAUCGAGCAGUACUCGGCGGGGCACCUGGAUAUGCUGGGCCGGAUCAAGAGUCUGCAGGCUCGGGUGGACCAGAUUGUGGGCCGGGGAUCUGCGGACCGGAAAGCCCGGGAAAAGGGCGACAAGGGGCCCCCGGACACGGAGGCGGUGGAUGAAAUCAGCAUGAUGGGGCGCGUGGUCAAGGUGGAGAAGCAGGUGCAGUCCAUCGAGCACAAGCUGGACCUGCUGCUGGGCUUCUACUCGCGCUGCCUGCGCUCUGGCACCUCGGCCAGCCUGGGCACCGUGCAAGUGCCGCUCUUCGACCCCGACAUCACCUCCGACUACCACAGCCCUGUGGACCACGAGGACAUCUCGGUCUCGGCACAGACGCUCAGCAUCUCCCGCUCGGUCAGCACCAACAUGGACUGAGGGGCUUCUCGGGGGCGGGGCGGCUCCCGGGCCCGCCUCCCGAGGCCUCGGACUCCUCUCUUACUUGAACUCGCUCCCCCGCGGGGAGAGGCCACACGCAGUGUUGAGCUGCCUGGGUGGGCGAGAUGCCCCCACCUCAGGAGCGCGAGGUGCCAGGCCGCAUGGAGGGCAGCGCCGCGGCCGCCGCGCGCCCUCGGGGGCCCCCCCAGUGCCCCCUCCAUCAAGGCCCGAAGCGGCUCGCCUGGCGCCUGGCCGAGGCGCGGCCCCAGGAGUGGAGUAGGGCGCCGGGGGCCCUGGGCCCUGACCCAGCUUCCAGCUAUGCAAGGUGAGGUCUCCGGCCUGCCCUUUGGACAGAGCAGGGAAGUCCUCCCGCCAAGUCCCCACCCCACUCUGAGGGUGGGCCCGAGGUGCCCGCACAGGUACCCACAAAGCACAGGACCCUGCCGCGUGGCAGGUGGGCACCAUAUAUGCAAACUAUGUUAAAUAUGCAACUUUGAGGACCCCCAUGGGGUCCCUCUGCCCCUCCCACUGGGAGAUGGGCCCCCAGCAGUAGCUGGUCUCAGGCUGCUCAGCCAUGACCCCCAGCCCCAUUCUUUGGCUUAUCACCCCGCCCCCACCCAGCAUGGGGCCUGUUUCUCCCCGCCCUCUCCGGAGGGCAGUGCCUGGGCUUUUCUUCCCCUCUGCAGGUGUGGCCUCCUAGGGGCUCCCUCCUCCAGCUGGGUGGCCACUCCCCUCUGGCUCUCCCGAUACCACUGACAGCACAAGUUUCUGUGUUCUCCCCUAAGCUCCCCUGGGAUGCUCCAGGGGAGGGCACACUCGGGCAGACAUGCACAAGCCCCUCAUGCUCGCGUCACACACUUGGCCACCCGAGCACAGAGCCGCGCAGCCUCUCCCAGCCUCUGCAGCGGAUGCCAGGGACGGGCCUUUUAGGUGACACCCACUCAGAGGAAGACGCCCCCCACCACCAGUGUGGGCAGGAGAGGGAGCUUGGAAGCGACCCCUUGUCUCUCCAGACCCCACCCCAGAGCUCUCCCAGUGCCUCUUUUCAAGAAGCUCUUCUCAUUGGGCCAGGAGCCCUGACUGCUGCCUCUGCUGCCCCCCAGAGCCCUCCUCAACACCCCCCACAGCACAACUCAGGCUAGGCCUCCGGGGUCUGCACACCACCACAGACUCUGAGCUUGCCCCCACUGCUGCAGUCGCUCCGGCUUCAGAGAGAACAAUACUGCGUCCAGCAGCUACACCAACAGAGAGGCCGGUGGGCGCAUGCACUGUCUCCCUCCUUCACGCCCACUUCCUUGCCACGGGCUGCCCCUUGUACUGGCGUAAGCCCCCAUCCACUCCAAGGCCCCAGCACCGUUCUCAUAUCCCUACCUCCUUGCUCCUCUUCUGCAGAGCCAUUGAGGGUGGCAGGAGGGUAAGGGGGAGUGGAUGGAUGGUAACCCUCUCAGAGGUGCCUGGGAACAAGGGGCUGAGGCCAAACUGCCUGCAUCUCACACUGGGGACUUGCAUGCACCAGUGCCAGGGCUCGAGUGGGAUCUCACUCAGCCCCAUGGUGCCCUGCCUCUGCCCCAACAUGCCCUCUGCAUGUGAUCAUCGUGCCCUGGAUGACGCUUGUCCUGGCUGUCCUCACCUGCAUUGCACUGUCCCCAUAGAGCCACCCCUGGAUCCCCUCAGAGACAGAGCUGCAGAGAGGGGCAGGAGACUGGGGUUACCCUAUGACCAAAGGAGACCUGGGAAGAAGCCCUCCCUCCUUCCAUGAUCAAGGUUCCCUCCCCUCUCCCCCCGUUCUUGGAUAUUGCAAGUACCUCACUUUGUUAACUUAUUAACUUAUUGGUUUCAUUAAAGUUUUCAGUAGGAA